AUGGAGAAAGAUUCACAGCCCCCGGUUAUGCCCGAUCUCGAGGCGAGCCCCUCGCCCGAACCCAAGUCUCCCCGUCAGUCAUCGCUCAUGCGCCGAUGGAAGGAGACCGUGGACCCGGCCAACGCAGACUUAGUCUGUCUGCUGCUAUGCUUUUUGACCGGCCUCUGCGAUAGCAGUGCCUACAAUGCCUGGUCAUGUUUCUUGGGCAUGCAGACCGGAAACACCAUCUUCCUUGGUCUGGGUGCCUCCAAUCAGCCUACCAGCAAGCCCUGGGGCUGGUUGAAAUCUCUUAUCUCCAUUGUCACCUUCUUCGCCGGUGCCAUGAUCUUCUCCAUUAUCAUGCGCAGUGUUGGUGCCCUCCGUCGCGGCACCCUCGUGGUCUCCUUCCUCGUCCAGGCGAUUCUUAUUAUUAUUGCGGUCGCACUUAUCGAAGCCGACCUGAUCCCUCAUAGCUCGGCCGAUAUGAGUCUGGAUGGAGGGCCAUUGUUCCUGGAACUGAUCCCGAUCGGUCUCCUGGCCUUCCAGUCGGCGGGUGCCAUGACCUGCAGUCGAUCUCUGGGUUACAACGAGAUUCCGACCGUGGUUCUGACCAGUGUUUACUUUGAUAUUGCGUCGGACCCCAAGAUCACAGAGAAGCCGACAGGCAAUGUGAAACGGAACCGGCGCAUUGGUGGAGUGGUGUUCCUCCUGGUGGGCGCGAUUGCGGGAGGAUGGCUCAGUCGGAGUAGCGGUGGCAUGGAAUCGGCGCUAUGGCUUGCAGCUGGUCUUAAGGUUGUUGUGGCCUUUGGAUGGGUGUUUUGGAAGGCGGCACCUCCGAAAUAG